UCAAAGCAACAAUUCUGCAGCCGCCUCAAAGCCUUUCAACACACCUUGAAUUGCAAGUCUCUCCCUCUCCCUCUACUUACAAAUAUAUGCACGCAUACACCCUCUAUAAAUAUCACUAAGACUGCACGAUAAGCAAGCACCUCUGCUUUCGUCUUCCUCACAGCCUUCCAUCUGCCUCUAGUCUAUCUACUUCUAGCGACCUUGCACACUACCAUAGAUGGGUGGAGCUUCUAACCUUCCUCCUGGUUUCCACUUCUUCCCCUCCGACGAAGAACUCAUCGUCCAUUUCCUCCGCCGCAAAGCCUCUCUCCUCCCAUGCCGACCCGACAUCGUCCCUACACUACCUCCAAAUCGUUACGAUCCAUGGGAACUGAAUGGCAAAGCACUUGAAGCAGGGAAUCAGUGGUACUUCUUCAGCCACUCGACACAGAGUAGGACCUCACAAAAUGGGCAAUGGAAUCCAAUCGGCGCUGACGAAGCAGUAAGUAGUGGGGGUCGUAAUAUUGGCCUGAAGAAGAAGUUCAUCUUCUCCAUUGGGGAGCCCUUUCAGUCAAACAAAACCAACUGGGUCAUGCAUGAGUACCACUUACUCGACGGGAAUGGGGGUAGCAGCACUUCAAGUAGUUCAGGCAAGCGGUCCCACAAGAAGAAAGGCCACUCAAACAAAGAAUCCAGCAACUGGGUGAUAUGUCGGGUGUUUGAAUCGAGCUGCCAUUCACAAGUGAGCUUCCACGAGGACGACAUGGAGCUUUCAUGCCUAGACGAGGUGUUCCUAUCCCUAGAUGACUACGAUGAAGUCAGUUUACCAAAAAAUUAGAACUCUUGUUAGCACAACUGAUAGAGCAGGUCCUGCACACCUAUCAUGCCAUCUGAUUAUGAUGAUUCUCAGAAGAAAAGUUUGUUUCUGGACGAUCAAAUGAUUUGAUAAGUGUUAAACCUAAUUCACUCUAUCUAGACCAGACAUGUAAUUAUUCUCCUCCAAGAAUGUGCAUGAAACAACUUUGAUUUGUUUCAACUACUAAGGAAUGGGUAAUCUUUCUACCAGAGAUUACUUGAGCAUUUGUAAUAACAAAGGACAUGUCCUGGAUGAUGAUCAUUGUAUGAAGCCAACAGUGAGCACCAUAAAGUCUCUUGUGGGGAGAGGGUUGGAACUAACAAAGGACAUGUCCUGGAUGAUCAUUGUAUCAAGUCAACAGUGAGCACCAUUUUUUUUCUGA